ACACACACAGCUCUUCCCGUGGUCGGCUGGAUUGAGGCCCUUUUCCACGGAGCCAUCCUCACCCCUGAGGAACAGCAGGCGCUAGAAGAGGUGCUUUUCCUGCCGGUGCCCUCAUCACCAUAUAAUGAAACAUAGUUUAGAUAUUCUACUUACCUGGGAUGCUGAUUUCUGUGCCUUUGUCAGUUUGGAAGCAAUGUUUGGAUGAUCUGCGCUGCAUGCAAGUAGAUUAAGAGAAAGAGUCUACCAUCCUCUGCUACAUUUUCAUCUAUCGGUAAACAUCAACUGCGAGUUGGUCUUAAGGGAAGAAGAUUGAAUUAGUCCCAGAUGAAGAACUCUUUCAGCCAAUUUAAGACCUUCCAGCUGAUUUUAGACAGCAGGCACAAAAAGUGGAAUAGACCACAUGAAGAAGCAAGUGAAGUUUACUUUUUGCAAGAUCUUAUUUGGAGGACCAAACACACUUUUGCAAGCCAUUGGAGAUGAAGGAUUAAUCAUAUAUUUUUGUUUCCUUGAAGUAGCACAGUGUACUUAGUCAAUGUUGCUUUAUAUUAAGGACAAACAUUAGUUUCUUGACGUCAGCAUGUCAACUGCAGCAAGUACUCAGACACUGGAGGAACCUAAUCCUCCCCUCCUUGAAGAAAAGCCAAAGGAAAAAGCAUUAUUUCAGUUAGGCUCAUUCUUUGCUAACAGGAGUGAAAAAUUUGUAAUUGCUAGAAGUGAUAGUGUACCAGAGGAGAAUGUUCUGAAAAUAACUAUCACAGAGACUACAGUCAUUGAGUCAGACUUGGGCAUCUGGAAUUCCCAUGCUCUCAUCUACCUCACUUUGUGGUUUUUCUUCAGCUUUUGCACUCUUUUUCUUAACAAAUACAUCCUUUCAUUACUGGAAGGAGAGCCCAGCAUGCUAGGUGCUGUUCAGAUGCUUUCAACUACCUUUAUUGGCUGUAUUAAAAUGUUUGUUCCAUGCUGUUUGUACCAGCACAAAUCACGCAUCUCGUAUCCACCCAAUUUCAUUAUGAUAAUGCUGUUUGUUGGAUUAAUGAGAUUUGCAACAGUAGUGUUAGGGCUUGUCAGCUUGAAAAAUGUGGCUGUUUCGUUUGCAGAAACAGUUAAAAGCUCCGCACCUAUUUUUACUGUUAUUAUGUCUCGAAUGAUAUUAGGAGAAUACACUGGAUUGUUGGUUAAUCUUUCUCUCAUCCCUGUUAUGGGUGGGCUAGCUCUUUGUACAGCUACUGAAAUCAGUUUCAACAUUCUGGGUUUCUCAGCAGCUUUAUCUACUAAUAUCAUGGACUGUUUGCAAAAUGUCUUUUCCAAAAAACUACUCAGUGGAGAUAAAUACAGAUUUUCAGCCCCAGAGCUUCAAUUUUAUACCAGUGCUGCAGCAGUGGUUAUGCUUAUUCCGGCUUGGAUAUUUUUUAUGGACGUACCGGUAAUUGGGAAAAGUGGAAGGAGCUUCAGCUACAACCAAGAUAUCAUUGUACUUCUCUUAAUAGACGGAGUCUUGUUCCACCUGCAAAGUGUUACAGCCUAUGCCUUGAUGGGAAAAAUUUCUCCUGUGACUUUCAGCAUGGCCAUUGGAGAUCUGUUUAAUCCCACUCAGUCUGUGAGCUCCCAAACCCAGCACAUGCACUGUGUAGAAUGACGUUGUACUUCAGAACUAGAGUGUAAGCCUUGUUUUUUUCAGUAUAAAUUUGGGAUUAGAAUGAUAAUUGUACUGGAAUCAUGAUUUGAGAAAAUGUUUGUUUUGCAGCACAGCAGUUUUGUUUGGGUGGUGAGGCAGCCUGCUGUGUAUGAAAAAUACUCUUUUGUCAAAGGUGUUACACUUCCUGGUGAUACCUCUUUUCAAGUUGAUCUCAUUCAGCACAUGACUCGCUCUAGUCUCCUAAGAGGCUGGCUCUAAGGGUGUUUUGUGCAAGAAAAGGCAUUUUGCAUUCAGUAGGGCAAUGUUGCUGGUGUUCAGAUUUAUGAAAUAAGUCUCAGUCUUGCUACAUUUCUAGCCAAAUAAAGACAUAAGCUUCUCAGUUUGUGUGCACACUUCCAACUGUUACUGGUCAUAAUAUGUAAGGUUACACAUUUAAUUUUGGGAACCUAAUCACUGAAGAUGUUCAUUAAGACAAUAAAGGCUGUGACGAGUCUGCUUUCUAAAUAAACUUUGUAGCGUUAAGACAUGCAUCACCCUUGGGACUGCAGCUGAUUUUUGGGCUCAUCACUCAUGUUCUUAGGAUUCUUUGAGAAAGCCAAGCUGUCUUGGUGCUUGCUGAAGAAAAGCAUUUACUGUGGUUAGUUUCUGGACUCUUUCUUAAGAUGGCAUUUCUUAAAGGUCACUAGUUUGACUCUUUAAGUUGAUUGACAGCCUGAUGAGCAGAGACUACAGCUGCGACAUACAUGCUCCUCUCAGUCUCAGUGAAUGAUGUAGAAGAUACAUGAAAGGCAUUUAUUUGUAGAGACAACUGUUCAGUUCUGUGACAGUGAUACGGAUUUAGACUCUUAGAGCCCAAUCUUGGCCAAUCUAGUCAUGCAUUUAUUCGUGAAGGAAAGUGAAAUGCUGCUUUUGAGACAGGCAGAAGCCUUUUGACAGAAAACCGUGGAGGAAUAUGAGGUGCGUUUAUAACCUGGGUAUUGACAUUUAAGUGAUUGCUUUUAAAUAGCUCUUGUUCUGAGAAACUUGAAGAUGUUGUAGCUGUAGUUGCUUGUCAAAGCCAAAACUUUGUCUACGUGAUACCAAAAUACGAGCGUGCAACUGACAUAAAAAUAGUAUUUUGUACAUGUUUUGUGAAAAUAGUUUGCAUAUGUGCUGUUGGCUGUUUAUGUGAGGUGUGGAUACUUUCGAAGUAGUGCAGCUGCCGUGGCUGCAGCCAGGUAGCUGUGCCCAGCUGUCGCUGGUAGCACGUGCAGGAUCGCUGUUAAAUCCUGUGGAUGUUUAAAAUUGUUCCUGUGUUUUAAUGAAUCAUGAAAAGAAUAAAGUUUCCGCAGAUU